AUGGGGCCACAAACAUUACAGAUGAGGAAGCCGACUACACAUCACAGAAAUGAGGAAGCCGACUACACAUCACAGAAGUCUGAAAGAUCAAAAGAUGUCACACUAACGCUUGGAGCAACAAACAUUACAGAUGAGGAAACCGACUACACAUCACAGAAGUCUGAAAGAUCAAAAGAUGUCACACUAACACAUGGGGCCACAAACAUUACAGAUGAGGAAGCCGACUACACAUCACAGAAGUCUGAAAGACCAAAAGAUGUCACACUAACACAUGCGGCCACAAACAUUACAGAUGAGGAAGCCGACUACACAUCACAGAAGUCUGAUAGACCAAAAGAUGUCACACUAACGCAUGCGGCCACAAACAUUACAGAUGAGGAAGCCGACUACACAUCACAGAAGUCUGUAAGACCAAAAGAUGUCACACUAACACAUGGGGCCACAAACAUUACAGAUGAGGAAACCGACUACACAUCACAGAAGUCUGAAAUAUCAAAAGAUGUCACACUAACACAUGGGGCCACAAACAUUGCAGAUGAGGAAACCGACUACACAUCACAGAAGUCCGGAAGACCAAAAGAUGUCACACUAACGCAUGGGGCCACAAACAUUACAGAUGAGGAAGCCGACUACAUAUCACAGAAGUCUGAUAGACCAAAAGAUGUCACACUAACGCUUGGAGAAACAAACAUUACAGAUGAGGAAACCGACUACACAUCACAGAAGUCUGAAAGAUCAAAAGAUGUCACACUAACACAUGGGGCCACAAACAUUACAGAUGAGGAUACCGACUACACAUCACAGAAGUCUGAAAGACCAAAAGAUGUCACACUAACACAUGCGGCCACAAACAUUACAGAUGAGGAAGCCGACUACACAUCACAGAAGUCUGAUAGACCAAACGAUGUCACACUAACGCAUGGGGCCACAAACAUUACAGAUGAGGAAACCGACUACACAUCACAGAAGUCUGAAAGGCCAAAAGAUGUCACACUAACACAUGCGGCCACAAACAUUACAGAUGAGGAAGCCGACUACACAUCACAGAAGUCUGAAAUACCAAAAGAUGUCACACUAACACAUGGGGCCACAAACAUUACAGAUGAGGAAACCGACUACACAUCACAGAAGUCUGAAAGACCAAAAGAUGUCACACUAACACAUGCGGCCACAAACAUUACAGAUGAGGAAACCGACUACACAUCACAGAAGUCUGAAAGACCAAAAGAUGUCACACUAACACAUGCGGCCACAAACAUUACAGAUGAGGAAACCGACUACACAUCACAGAAGUCUGAAAUAUCAAAAGAUGUCACACUAACACAUGCGGCCACAAACAUUACAGAUGAGGAAACCGACUACACAUCACAGAAGUCUGAAAGACCAAAAGAUGUCACACUAACACAUGCAGCCACAAACAUUACAGAUGAGGAAGCCGACUACACAUCACAGAAGUCUGAUAGACCAAAAGAUGUCACACUAACGCUUGGAGCAACAAACAUUACAGAUGAGGAAACCGACUACACAUCACAGAAGUCUGAUAGACCAAAAGAUGUCACACUAACGCUUGGAGCAACAAACAUUACAGAUGAGGAAACCGACUACACAUCACAGAAGGCUGAAAGACCAAAAGAUGUCACACUAACGCAUGGGGCCACAAACAUUACAGAUGAGGAAACCGACUACACAUCACAGAAGUCUGAAAGACCAAAAGAUGUCACACUAACACAUGGGGCCACAAACAUUACAGAUGAGGAAGCCGACUACACAUCACAGAAGUCUGAAAGACCAAAAGAUGUCACACUAACGCAUGCGGCCACAAACAUUACAGAUGAGGAAGCCGACUACACAUCACAGAAGUCUGAUAGACCAAAAGAUGUCACACUAACGCUUGGAGCAACAAACAUUACAGAUGAGGAAACCGAAUACACAUCACAGAAGUCUGAAAGAUCAAAAGAUGUCACACUAACACAUGGGGCCACAAACAUUACAGAUGAGGAAACCGACUACACAUCACAGAAGUCUGAAAGACCAAAAGUUGUCACACUAACACAUGGGGCCACAAACAUUACAGAUGAGGAAACCGACUACACAUCACAGAUGUCUGAAAGACCAAAAGAUGUCACACUAACGCAUGGGGCCACAAACAUUACAGAUGAGGAAACCGACUACACAUCACAGAAGUCUGAAAGAUCAAAAGAUGUCACACUAACGCAUGGGGCCACAAACAUUACAGAUGAGGAAACCGACUACACAUCACAGAAGUCUGAAAGACCAAAAGAUGUCACACUAACGCAUGGGGCCACAAACAUUACAGAUGAGGAAACCGACUACACAUCACAGAAGUCUGAAAGAUCAAAAGAUGUCACACUAACGCAUGCGGCCACAAACAUUACAGAUGAGGAAACCGACUACACAUCACAGAAGUCUGAAAGACCAAAAGAUGUCACACUAGCAUGUGGGGCCACAAACAUUACAGAUGAGGAUACCGACUACACAUCACAGAAGUCUGAAAUACCAAAAGAUGUCACACUAACGCAUGGGGCCACAAACAUUACAGAUGAGGAAACCGACUACACAUCACAGAAGUCUGAAAGACCAAAAGAUGUCACACUAGCAUGUGGGGCCACAAACAUAACAGAUGAGGAAACCGACUACACAUCACAGAAGUCUGAAAGACCAAAAGAUGUCACACUAACGCAUGGGGCCACAAACAUUACAGAUGAGGAAACCGACUACACAUCACAGAAGUCUGAAAGACCAAAAGAUGUCACACUAACACAUGGGGCCACAAACAUUACAGAUGAGGAAACCGACUACACAUCACAGAAGUCUGAAAGACCAAAAGAUGUCACACUAACGCAUGGGGCCACAAACAUUACAGAUGAGGAAACCGACUACACACCACAGAAGUCUGAAAGACCAAAACACCAUCCGCGCUACCAAACGCCCGAAGAGCUGCAAGACUUAGACAGUAAUUUACAGUUGACCGGCAAAAUGUUGAAAAAGGAUGUGAGGCACGACCGAAAGGCAACAAGGAAUAUGAAAUCGACGCUAUGA